CUUCCGUUGGAUAAAAACGCACGUGUGUUGACUGGAACCUUUUGGUGAGAAUUUCCACAUUAGCUACUUCAUGAAUUAGUAAACUUCGAAAAAGUCUGUAUAGUAAACUAACACAGAUGCCGAAAGUGAAGAAAUCGAAAGGUGGAGGUGUUGAGAAAGGUGGCGACGAAAUGGUUGCGCUGGCUGACCAGAUUCUUCAAGGGGAUAUGGUUCGAGUACAUGGCCGAGUGAAGACCAGGGAUCAACGGGUAGAAGAUGAAGACGAGUACGUGGACGAACGCCUAUCAAGGAAGAUCCUGGAGCAGGCACGAAUCCAGCAAGAAGAACUACAGACAGAAUAUGGCUUGGCACCAGAGGUCAAGAAAAAGCAAGCCACUGUUUUAGGUAAGGUGAAUUUGCAAGCCAGAAAAUGCCUGUCUGCUGAUGUUUUUUUGUCUUGCUAGCUAGCUAACUAUCCACAACAACCACACAUUACACUUGACUACUGAGAACCUUUUCAUGGAGGUCAACUCCAGUCAUUGUUAUUCCAGUCAUUGUUAUUCUUGAAGUGGUGUGCUAUGCUCAGUUAUGCAGGUGGUACAGUUUCAUGGAAUAUGGAUGUUGUCAUAUACCCUUGCAGGGCCAGAUUCUCAGGAUGCAGACUCUGAUGAGGAGUGGCCGGCGCUGGGUGAAGCCGGGGCCGGUGAGGAGGAAGAGGCUAACUGUGGGACAGAAGUGGUGGUUGACCCAGAGGAUGAGAAAGCUAUGCAGAUGUUCAUGAACAAGAAUCCUCCCAUGAGGUAUAGCAUGAGGCCCCAAAACUCUGAACCAAACCACUGUGCUUAAAAUCUUGACGAUGAAUGAUUUGACAUUUUUUGUCAAUUUUUUAUUUUAUUUGUUAAAGACACCUAGAUGCCAUGGAAUAUGACAACAGCACUAUCAUGCCAUAAAAGUGAAAUUCAUGUUUUCUCUUCCAAAAAAGAAUCAUAACUUUGUAGCUUUGGGCCCCGUGAAACUCAGUUGGUAGAGCAUGGCACUUGCAACGCCAGGGUUGUGGGUUCGAUUCCCACAGGGGGGGCCAGUAUGAAAAAUAUAUAAUGUAUGCACUCACUAACUGUAAGUCGCUCUGGAUAAGAGCGUCUGCUAAAUGACUAAAAUGUAAAAUGUAGCUGAGUAUGGAUUUCCUCAGUGUUGUCCUUGUUCUGUUUUUUCAGACGAACUCUAGCAGACAUCAUCAUGGAGAAGAUCACAGAGAAGCAGACAGAGGUGGGGACAGUGAUGUCUGAGGUGUCAGGAAGACCCAUGCCCCAGCUGGACCCCAGGAUCAUUGAAGUGUACAAAGGUGUCAACAAGGUAACCCUGCGACUGGCCACCUGUCAUUUUCCAUUCCAUCAGAUUUCAGUCAGAACAGUCAGAGGCUGAAUAUUACCAACUGAUAUUAUUAACUGGUUUUUCUCGGUUGCUCCAGGUUCUGUCAAGAUAUCGUAGUGGCAAGCUGCCCAAAGCUUUCAAGAUCAUUCCAGCACUGUCAAACUGGGAGCAGGUUCUGUACUUGACAGAGCCUGAGACCUGGACUGCUGCUGCUAUGUACCAGGCAACAAGGUCUGAUAAAAAAUUAAGAGGAGGAUUUGUUAACAUCUAUCAAAAACCUUUAUUUAAUUAUUAGAAAGCACCUCAUGGAUAUUUAUUACCGACACUGAUUUUUCUUCUUUCUGAACAGAAUCUUCUCAUCCAAUCUGAAGGAACGAAUGGCCCAACGGUUCUACAACUUGGUGCUACUGCCAAGGAUACGAGAUGACAUUGCAGAGUAUAAAAAACUAAACUUCCACCUGUACAUGGCCCUGAAGAAGGCUCUUUUCAAGCCAGGGGCAUGGUUCAAAGGUGAGACAAAUCAAGAACAUGUAUCAAAGGGGAGAGAAAUAGUAAGGUAGAUGAUCUGAAAGCUUGGUUGAUAAUCAAUUUAUGGUUGCCAGGAUGUAAUAAUGGGGGAUGAAAGAUAAUACACAUUUUGAUGUCAGGUAUUCAACACUUUUGCCAAGGAUACUACUUAGUGGGUUUUGUUUUGAGUUGACUUUGGCAAUCAGCCAAAAGACAGUCGUUUUCACUAGGUGGCAAUAUUGUCUAACCAGAUCACAGACUGAACCAGAUUUAGACAGUUAUUUUAGUUAUUUACUGUAAGCAAGCAAUGGUAAAUGCUAAGUGGAAUGCUUGGGAUGACCCAACUCUGACAUCACCCCAUUGAAGUUGGCAUUGAAAAUGGGUAAGGUAAGGGAUAAGGUUAGACUUAGGUAAGGGUUUUGGUUAAGGCAGGAUCUAGGGGUAAGGUCAACACAAGGAUUCCACUUAGCAUCUACUGCAAAGGGUAAAAAAAGCUAUGGUGUUGUACCUUAGCUUGAGUUUUUAUCUCAAGGAAAAUAAGAAUGAUCAACUAUGAUCUAUUUAAAGGUGAACUAUGUGGAAAUCGCUCUGCCAUUUCCUGGUUGCAAAAAUUCAAGUAGUUAACCUAAUUUCAGUUUAUGUGACAAAACAAGCAAGUAUAGUGUAGAGAAUCAUUGUACCAUCUAAACCGCUGUGAAAUAUAUUUUCCAUAACCAAACAUAUUGUAUUUUCAGCUGUUUGAAGCUAGUGUACAAAAAUCUGCAACAAUUAAACUUAAGAACAGCUCUACCACUUCGUAGACUUGCUUUCAAUGAGAAGACAGAUCUAUAACUCACAGUUCUAUGUGAAUUUGGUUGGGUGGGCCAAAAAUUGAGAUAUUGCAGCUUUAACAUUUCUUGUGCAUUUGUACAAUAUGUGUUGUACAAUAUUUUAUCUAUUUGUUUCCAGGUAACGACUUUGUACCCCUUAACCCAGCAUAUGUUUAAUGUGUUUUAUGUGUCACUGUGUGCUCACACAUCUCUCUUUCUCACUCAGGCAUCCUCAUCCCGCUCUGUGAAUCUGGAACAUGCACUCUCAGGGAGGCUAUCAUCAUUGGCAGCAUACUCACAAAGUGCUCAAUCCCUGUACUGCACUCCAGGUAAGAUACACUCUUUUACCUGAGUUAUGUGUGCAAUUUUGUAAGGUCUAUGAUGCCCUAAUGUGAUUGCUCAGCUUGCUGCUUGGCUAGGGACUUGGUUUUUAACAGUUGCAGCUUGACUGUUGAUGAUCAUGUAUGUAGGAAUUCAUGUGAAUGUGUGGUACAACAGUAUUUAAGGUAGUAGAACAGCAUGGCUUGCCAGAAAAUAAUGCAGUAAACAAAUUACUCUGAUUCUCUGCAGUGCUGCCAUGCUCAAACUGGCAGAGAUGGAAUACAAUGGAGCCAACAGCAUCUUCCUGCGACUCUUACUGGAUAAAAAAUACGCCCUGCCCUUUCGUGUCCUGGAUGCCCUGGUCGGCCACUUCCUGUCCUUCCGCAGUGAGAAGCGCGUCCUUCCUGUGCUGUGGCACCAGAGUCUGCUCACCCUGGCACAGCGCUACAAGGCCGACUUGGCCUCCGAACAGAAGGCUGCUCUACUGGAGCUGCUUAAGGUGCAGACACACCCCCAGAUUUCUGCAGAGAUCCGUCGGGAGCUGCAGAACUCAGAGUCCCGUGAUCUGGAAACCGCCAUGCCUGUCACAAUGGCUAUGGACUGAGUAUGGAGCUGAGCAAGGCCGCACCCUCUGUCUCAGUGCCCACCUUUCCCUUCUUUCUCCCCAACAUACCCUCAUUUACUAAACUGCCCACAACACAUACAUGUGUGAACUGUUUUUCCCAUGCCAAAUGCUCUAUCAUUGCUAUGGAGACAAGAGUAAAAGCUAAAAGAGAUGGAUUACAGAUUAACAUUAAUUCAACAUCCUGACUAUCAGUGAUAUUAUGGAAUUCCUUUCUAAUGUGCAAGUGAGGAUGUAAUUUACAAACCGAAAUACCUAACUGUCGUAAACAUACAUUCAAUUUAUUGAGUGGAAAUGAUAGAGAUGUGUUUGCCAGUUUUUAAGCAAUGUCUGUUUCACAAGUAAAGAUAAUGUAUAAGCUGACUUGUUUGUAUGACUUCAUAAUUUCCAAAGGAAUUUAGAGUAGCAAUAGCACACUGACCCUUUUGGGGGGGGGGAAACAAAUAUUUUCAAUGAGUGCAUGUUUGUAACAUGGUUGUGAGCUAAUGGAGGAAAAUUAUACAAAAUACUAUUAAAGUGUUACUGGAAAAAUUAACAUUUUGAAUAAAUUGUUUCCUUGCUUUAAAGUGAAA